AUGAAGUCCUUUGCUUGCCUCGUCCUCGCCGCGUCGGCCGUGCACGGCCUACGGCUCUCGGCCCAGGAAAAGGUCGACCUCGAAGCCAAGCUUGCGGCGUGGAAGGCGAGCCAAGCCGGAAAGCUAGCCGAAGCCAACGGCUUCCUCCCGCCCAAGACGGAGCAUGGCAACCUCGAAGAUGGUGAGAUCGACGACGAGCUUGUUCGGUUUGCGACCACGCAAAAGAUCGUCGAUGACCUCAACAAGCAACACAGCGGCGCCGUCUUCUCGACCGACAACCAGUUUGCGCUCAUGACCGAAGAUGAAUUCGCCGCCUUUGUCAAGGGAUCGUUCAAGCACGAGACGCCCAAGCGCCAAUUGCGCGCCGACAACAUUCAGAUGUCGCUCACGCAAGCCCAGCAAGAGGCGACGGGCAUUGACUGGGCGACCAACAAGUGCAUGUCGCCCGUGCGCAACCAAGGCAGCUGCGGCUCGUGCUGGUCGUUUGCGGCCGUUGGCGCUGUCGAGGCGGCACACUGCAUCGUGACCGGCUCGCUUGUCGACUUUUCCGAGCAGCAGCUCGUGAGCUGCGCGUCGAGCGCGGGCUAUGGCUGCCAGGGCGGCUGGCCCAACAAGGCGCUCGACUACAUUGCCCAGACGGGUCUGUGUACCGAGUCGGGCUUCCCGUACGCGUCGGGCAGCUCCAACCAGAACGGCCAGUGCAAAGAUUGCCAAAAGACCAAGGUCAGCGUCGGCAAGUCGGUCGACAUUCAAGGCGAGAGUGCGCUGCAGAGCGCGCUCGACAAGCAGCCAGUGACCGUUGUCGUCGAAGCUGGCAACAACGUGUGGCGCAACUACAAGAGCGGCGUCGUCCAGAGCUGCCCCGGUGCGCAGUCGGACCACGCGGUCAUCGCUGUGGGCUAUGGCACGAAAGACGGCCAGCAGCACUUCAAGAUCAAGAACUCGUGGGGCACCGGCUGGGGCGAGGGCGGCUACAUGUACCUCAAGCGCGGCGGGAGCGGAAAGGGCAUGUGCAACGUGGCCGAAGCGCCGUCGUACCCGAUGCUCAGCGGCAAGCCGCAGCCGACGUCCAACCAGCCGCAGCCCACGAGCAAGCCCACGGCCAAGCCGCUGCCCAAGCCCACGAAGAAGCCCCAGGGUGACUGCAACGGCUGCAACGGCUGCUACUACCCGGCGGCGUCGCAAUGCUUGGCGGCCGACUACGACAAGGAGUACUGCGAGUACCUCGGCCCUCAGUACGGCACCAAGUGGUGCACGUCGUAA